GUCUCACGGCAAGCGUUUCCGCGUCCAGAAACCAUUAGAAUUAUCAGAGUUUAGCCAUGCACUAAAAAUGGCGUGCAUGUCCGAAAUGUGUGUUUGCUCUCAAUUGGUGAUAUGAAUGCGUUCUCGAUUAGUACUGCCAUUGUGUGGGCACACGUCAAUCACAAGAGAGGUUGGAGAGAUGGUCAGACUCUGGUAAUUCUAGGGACUAUAGUCAGCCCUAGUAUUUAGCAUUGAUUGUAUCAUCGUGGUUGAAUCAUAAUUAAUCGGAGUUUGCAAAAGAGAAAGUGACAAAGGAAUAUCGUUGUAUUAUGUCAGAGGAAAAGUGUACAGUGGUAUACAUGCCGCAUCAUGCGCAACAAAAAUUAUGUCAAAGUAGACCACUUUACAGACAAGGAAAAAAAUUAACAGCAGUCAAGGUUUACACAAUUAAUGAUGAAUCACAGCAUUUGUUAAUACAUGGAGUACCACAACUACAAUUAACACAAGAGGUGAGAAAACUCAUUUAUUCUUAUGGAAAUGUGAAAGCAAUUCAGUUGGUAACUGAAUAUCCUUCAGAAGAAUUUACAGAGACGUACCAUGUACACUACACACAUAUUCAGAGUGCGAGAAUAGCAAAGCGUUUAAUUGAUAAUAAAAAUUUCUUCGGCGGAUUUCUGCAUGUUUAUUAUGCUCCUGAAUUAGAAACUUUAGACGAGACAAAAUUAAAAUUUAUACAACGCCAUAAGGAUGUAGCGACGCAGAUAAAAAGAAUUCAACAAGAGUUGAUAAAUCCAGAAGUAGAUAAAUUUAUUCCAAGAGAACAGUAUCAUAGAAAAAAGAAAACUCCUACUUUGCCCCUUACCAAGGAACGGAUUAAACAUUUUUAUCCUGGAGAAACAUUGUCAUAUCCAGUGCCGUAUCAAUCGACUGAGGCAUUGAUGCAAACGGGGAGUCAACAAGCAGAUAAAAAUCUAGAUUCAAACAGAAAACAGAAAACAGAAAAACAGAAAAAUUACAGAGUAUGCUGUAUUGACAAAGUUAAAGUUGUUCGACCACAAUUGAUAGAUACUAAAAAUAUCAUGCGAUUAAAUUUCUCUGAGAAAACGAAUGUAUUCUGUAAUGUAAAGAAAGUGGGAAGUAAAAUCACAAUCAAGUUAUUGGAAAAGCCUAAUAAUGAAAAGAAGAUAGUCAUAAAAAAUCCAAGUGUAAUAUCUUUGAUACAAUCUAGCAAAGAUCUUCAGUCUUCGAUUCAAGCGGUAAAAACUCAAAUUCGUACGAUAAUGCAGAAACAUGAUACUUAA